CUCGUCCACCUCCUCCACGACUUGCUCCUAGCGGCGAGCCCGGCGGAAACAGAAGGCAAAAGGGUCGUCCCAGCAGGCACCCAGGCCAAGCCCCUCAUGGCCAAGCAGAAGGCCUCGCCUCCGGGCGCGGUCCGCCGCCGCCUCGGCGGCGCCGGGGCAUCGGCCGUCGGGUGGGCGCUGCGCGUGGCGACCAGCAUCGUGGCCUGGACGCUGCUCCUCCACCUCUUCACCUUCCUCGGCGUCCCCCGCCCGCCGCUGCCCAUCGCGCGUCCGUCCUGCCUGGGCGGCCGCAACAACUCCACCGCCGCAGAAGCGGUGGUUGCGGCCGGCGAGGCCGCACACCGGGUUCCCCCGGCUCUGCCUCCGAGGAGACUUUACAAGAGUAAUGGCUAUCUUCUUGUUUCAUGCAAUGGUGGUCUGAAUCAAAUGCGAGCAGCGAUAUGUGACAUGGUGACUGUAGCACGCUACUUGAAUCUGACAAUGGUGAUACCUGAACUUGAUAAGCAAUCCUUCUGGGCUGAUCCUAGUGAUUUUGGGGAUAUUUUUUAUGUAAGUCAUUUCAUCGAUUCAUUGAGAGAUGAAGUGAAGAUUGUCAAAGAACUCCCGCGGAAGUUCCGUGAAAAAGUUCCUCUAUCAAUGCAACCAAUCAGCUGGUCUAGUGAAAAAUACUAUUUGAGGCAGAUCUUGCCUCUAGUACGAAAACACAAGGUGGUACGUUUUAGCAAGACAGAUUCUCGCCUUGCAAAUAAUGGCCUUCCUCUGAAGCUACAGAAACUUCGCUGCUAUGUUAACUACAACGCAUUGAGAUUUACACCAUCCAUUGAGGCUCUAGGCAACAAGAUGGUCUCAAUUCUUAGGAGAACUGGAUCUUUUAUUGUGCUUCAUUUGAGAUAUGAGAUGGAUAUGCUUGCUUUCUCAGGAUGUACUCAUGGAUGUUCUGAUGAAGAAACAGAAGAGUUGACAAGAAUGAGGUAUGCAUAUCCCUGGUGGAAAGAAAAGGAAAUAGACUCUGAGAAGAAAAGGCUUGAGGGAUUGUGCCCCCUUACUCCUGGAGAAACAACAUUAGUACUUAAAGCUCUCGGUUUCCCCAGAGACACUCGAAUAUAUAUUGCCUCAGGUGAAAUAUAUGGUGGUGAAAAAAGACUAGCUGUAUUGAAGACAGAAUUUCCUAACGUCGUGCGGAAGGAGAUGCUUUUAUCUGAUGAUGAGUUAGGACCCUUUCAGAAGCACUCGACUCAAAUGGCAGCACUGGACUAUCUUGUUUCUGUCGCCAGUGAUGUUUUUAUCCCCAGUAAUGAUGGAAACAUGGCUAAAGUCGUAGAAGGGCACCGCAGGUUUACAGGCUUCCAUAAAACCAUACAGUUGGACAGGAAGAAGUUAGUUGAGCUUAUAGAUCUUUUUGAAGACCAGGAGCUGUCCUGGGAAGAAUUCUCUGUUGGUGUCAAGGAGCUCCACAUGGGCCGAAUGAGCCAGCCCACCAGAAGGCGGGUUAUCCCCGGACAACCGAAAGAAGAGGACUACUUCUAUGCUAAUCCUCAUGAAUGCCUUGGGCCUGCAAGAAAGCGAAUGGAAAGGUUAAAACAUAUUGAGAUUUGAAUGCUACAUGAUAAGCACCCUGGUAGGUUGGUACAGAUAGAAUCCAAGCUGAAAAGUGGCAAUGAUGUACGUUUAGGCGCCAUUUCAAAUAACCAGAGUAUAGCUGGUUGCAGCAAUGGCAAAACAACCUUCAGCUUCCUCAUUUAGCUGAUCUCUGCUCAUGAUUUUUGCCGAGCCUUGCCCUAAUGAAGUGCAAUUGUGUGAAUAAGCUGUAAUCCUAUUCUACCUGGCUAAGCUCAUCUCCAUGCCACGAAUUGAAGAGUGUUCUUGUCAAUGAUCAUGGCUCGAGAGAAGCAUUUGCCAUCCAGAAACUUCAUGACGAUUAUUAAUUCUUGGUUUCAGAUUUUGUUGAUUCUAUAUUCAUCCCCCCUGCUUCUGAACUGGAACAUGACCCGUAUUAAUCUUUAGAUGUCAUGGGGUCGUACAUGUUCUGUUGUGAUCGAUUGCAGGUGGUAGCUAUAUGUUGUAUACUUGUAUUAGGUGGUUGAAUGUGUUGUUAAUGUGUAAAAUGCAACUUCUGGAACGGGAAAGUAAACAAUUGUAGCAUUGGAUCCACUUGUGCGUC